AUGCGUCGGUCGGGGAUCCAUAAAUCUGGCGCUAUCCCGUUUCUUGUUCUUUUGGUUUUCUCGCUGCUCAGUUUCGUACCGUCUCUUGCGAAGGAGUGGGACUGGGAUUUAUACAGCCUGCACGUGGGGUAUAUCGGUUAUCAGCGACGGGAAGUUUGGCAAGUUCCACACGUUAAAGAUGAUUCGAUCGGUCUGUGGUCGAGGUUACGGAGGACAGAUGCCCAGUGUCAGUCGUGGAUGAUCGAUGGCUCCUCUCAAAAACCCCGUCCGCGACGUGCUGUACUGGACACACCUUCCCGGAGCUCCUUUGAGACAGCCUCGGUUUAUACUGAUUGGAUUCCAUACGUUGGGGGAUCGCCAAAUUUUACACGAGGGACUCGUGCACUUAAAGCAUUUAUCAAACAACUAGGCAGCCUUAAGGAUCCGCGAAAUUCAACGGGGAGCGCAUCCUUCGCAACGUGUCCCUCAAAUCGAAUGCCGUCUUUCCUCAACACCUCGCUCUUUCCCAUGUAUACUGGCAGCGAAAAGCACCUCCCGAGAUUAUGGCAGCAGGUCUGCCAGUCAGGGAACGACUACUUACACAUAAUCACACAGUAUGCGUUGAGGGAGAAAAUCACCAGAUUUUCCCAAUCAGCCUCUCAUAAUUCUACGGCCUUUCACUCUUUGCUCCCCAACCAGCCCUCCCCAGAAGCUGUCUCCCCCGAUUUGCUGGCGAAUGACAGCAGCGUUGGUCCCAGCGCGUCUCUACUAACUCGCUCGCCAAACUCCGCUGUAACAACUGCGGGACAGUCCAAAAACACCGGGUUUGGUCAACAUUCGGAGCACACGCGGGGGAGUUGCAUGGCUAUUGUAAUCGCCUUGGUGGCGGGAGUUAUGUGGUUUUAG